UUGGUCUGUGUGUGGGGAGGGGAGAGGGAGAGAAGGCAGACAUGUUAAAUUGGAGCUGCCUGCGAACCAUGGAGGAGGCCAGGAGGUGUGGCGGGCUUGCUGGGGCCCUGGGGGCAGAUCUUUUCCGGUAGGUUCUGUGGUGGCAUGCUUCCGAAGUGAAGCCUUGGGCCCUGAAGCUCAGUGAGGAGGAAGCUGCCUGCAGACGCCCCCAGCAGGCCCCGCAGAAGCCACAGGCCUGGAGGAAGUGAGCAGCUCGGCCCCCGCCUCUGGACCAGCCUCUGCAGACCCCGCUGACCCAGGGACCCCAGCACCUACUUUCUUUCAGAGCCCGGGGACCACCAUUCGAGCAACGUGGCCUUCACUUCCUCACGUGCAGGAAGCGCCAGGGCCAGCCAGGGAGAGAUGGAGGCCGAGUCCUUGUACAACCUGCUGCAGCUACCCCAGGCGGGCCCACCGGUGGAGGAGGAGCUCCCACAAGGACAAAAGAGGAAAUACGUGCCGCCCACAUCGAGGAAGGACCCCAAGUUCGAGGAGCUGCAAAAGGUGCUGAUGGAGUGGAUCAACACGGAGCUCCUCCCUGAGCACAUUGUGGUCCGCAGCUUGGAGGAGGACAUGUUCGACGGGCUCAUCUUGCACCACCUUUUCCAAAAACUGGCCGGGCUCAAGCUGGAAGUCGAGGAGAUCGCCCUGACAGAGGCGAGCCAGAGACGCAAGCUUGCGCUGGUGCUGGAGGCCGCCAACCGGAGCCUGCAGGUGGAGGAGCAGCAGGCCAGGUGGAGCAUGGAGGCCAUCUUCAGCAAGGACCUGUUGGCCACCUUGCAUCUCCUCGUGGCCCUGGCCAGGCGCUUCCAGCCUGCGCUGCCCCUCCCAACCAAUGUCCAGGUGGAGGUGAUCACCAUGGAGCGCACCAAGAGUGGCCUGAAGUCCGAGAAGUCAGUGGAACAGCUCACUGAGUGCAGCACAGAGCAGGACCAAUCAAAGAAGGACGUGUUUGAUGAGUUAUUUAAGCUGGCUCCUCAGAAGGUGAACGCCGUGAAAGAGGCCAUCGUGAACUUCGUCAACCAGAAGUUGGACCGCCUGGGCCUGUCUGUGCAGAGUCUGGACACCCAGUUCGCAGACGGCGUCAUCCUGCUCCUGCUGAUCGGACAACUGCAAGGCUUCUUCCUGCACUUGAAGGAAUUCUACCUCACUCCCAGCUCUCCUGCGGAAAUGCUGCACAAUGUCACGCUGGCUCUGGAGCUGCUGAAGGAUGAAGGCCUGCUCAGCUACCCCGUCAGCCCCGAAGACAUCGUGAACAAGGACGCCAAGAGCACGCUGCGGGUUCUCUACAGCCUGUUUUCCAAGCACAAGCUGAGAGAAAGCACGGACGGGAUGUCCUGUGGAUCCCCGAAUUAACCGUCGCUGCCCCCAAAAGCUGCUUCUCAGAGCCUGCCUGCUGGGUCCAGCCGGAGGGCCCGAGGGCCGCAGAGGGAUCUCCUCCACUUCCCUGUGUGUCUGUAGCGCUCCGGCCUUCCCCCCCGCCCCGUCUCCUGUUUCCAUCUGUCUGAAUAUGUUUGAACCCACUAGGCGUGGAUCCUUUUUGAGCCAACCUCUGGCCUCACUCAGUUUAUUUUAACAAAGGUCUUUCCGGGAGGGAUUUGGGGAGCCUGCCAGGGUCCCGGGAGGGGCUCUGAAAUAUGCAUAAAUGCGUCUCAGGCAGCCUCUCUCCCCGCGGCUCCACCCCUCACCUCUACGGGCUCCCUGGUUGGGUGGGUCAGAGGAGAGCCCAGCGAUGCUGACCUUUCUUCAGGCUUGAGGGUCUGGCUCUGGGAGCAGGAGGGGCUUCAGGUGUGAGGGCUGAUGUCCAGAUGUCCCCACACGCAGCUACUGCUGUCCGCCCGCCUCGCACUGGGGGUGUCAGGCCCCAGGUCACCAUCCAGAGGCGGGAGCCCCAUGUGCUUCCCACACCAAGCCCCCGAGCCGCUCUGGGAAGUUCAUUCAGUGACUUGCCAGAGGCGCCAUGGGCCAGGCCCGCCCCUGUGGGUGCGAUGGGGAGCUUCGCCCAAAAGUUGUGCAGAAGAAAUCUUUGUGGUUGAUUAGUGGUCAGAGCGUCUCCCAGCCUGUCCCCGAGAAGCUCCCGUCCAUGUCUCUGGUGAGACCUGGCACUUGCUGCGGACAUUUCUCAAAGAAAAUGUUCCUGUAGGAGGAUUAUGAAUAUGGGUGUUCCAGGAGCUGACGUCUGACGGGAACCAGCCAGGAGGAGGCGCUGUGGGCAGGGGUGAGGGCCUGCCGGGGAGGCGGAGGUGGGAACCUCGGGCUGCCUCUGGGCUCCUCCCCUGCUCUGCCAGCUCCAAGCACCCAUGGAGGAUGGAGCCCACCAGCUCUGGGGUUGUCACAGUUUGACGGCCUUGGAUUUGGGGAGGUGCUUUGGGGCAGUGGGCCAGCGUGGGCCAGGCCAUCUUUGCCAAACCAGCUGGUGGAGCUUGGGUCGGGGGGGCGUCCUACAGGCAGGGACGUCUGGAGGCCUUGGAGUUAGUGUCUGAGUGUGAGAAGGUCUGGGGUGGUCUUCCCCCCACCCUGCCACCAUCCACCUGUGCCCCUCACCUCCUGAUUCACAGGUCAUUAGGCGUAGAUGAGGUCGUGAGGGCGGGCUCCCCAGGAUGGGAUCAGUGUCCUCAUAAGUAGAGGACGAGAGACCAGAGCUCCCUCUCUCCACCGCAUGAGGACACACAGGUGCCAUGUGCCAGCCAGGAAAUGCGCCCACACCAGGAACUGAACCUGCCAGCACCCUGAUCUCAGACUUCCAGCCUCCAGAACCGUGACAAAUAAACGUCUGUUGUUUAAGGC